UGAAAACAAAAGAUGAAAUUGAAUCUUUGAAACAAUUAAGAAGUUUAAUUCAUUUCAACAAUUUGAUUAAAUUGUUUUUCGAUUAACUCGAAAUGUUCUUACGUGUGUCCCAGCUAUGAGUUACCGAUUCUUUUACUAAGAUAACAAUUAUCCUUUGGUUAUUGUUAAUCCUCUUUCAUUGUUUAACCUUAAAUUUAAGGUUAUUGUUGUGAUCAAUUUUAAUUUUCUUAAAUUAUGUUUUGAUUGUUAAUUGAGUGUUUUUCAACAUCACUGGACAAUCAACGUGGUGGUUGUUCAAUCAUGGCCACAAUUUAUGAUUUACCCGCUGAGAUUAUUAUGACAAUAUUUUCUUAUUGUUCUUGGAUUGAUGAUCUGAUCAAUUUUCUUCAUGUUAAUCAAUUAUGGAGAGCAUUGGCUUUUCAAAGAAUGAAAUGGAUCCGCCAUCUUGUUCCAGAGAAUAGAUCGAAGAAUCUUCAAUUGCCAUCAAAUUCAACAACAAUCUAUUAUAACCCAAAGAAAACAAGUAAUCCCAAAAUGAUCGCAAUGAUUGAACUACUCAAAAAUCUAGAGACAGUUAUGAUCUCUUCUGAUCCAUCACCUUUACAAAUCGCUGAUCUAUUAUCUAUGCUGGUGACAAGUCGGCCUUUUAUCAAACGAUUAGCGAUUCCAUAUUUACCAAGAAAACGGCGAGUUAUUCCUUUCAAUCGACUCGAAGGUUUGGCCUUACCGUGUUUUUUUCGUUGGUUCAGUGGGGUCGUAAUGUGGUGUCGAGAUAACGGUAAAUUCAUUCGUCAACUUCACAUCAAAUCGAUUUACGGAAGACAAUAUGAGCUACUAUUCCCUAGCUUUGUAAAUUUACGUCGACUUCAUGUCGAAGAGUGUGGCGGUAUCGAUAACUUUUUGGAUAAAUUUCCAUCACUUGAAAUUACCACUCUAGAGAUGGAGAUUCCCGCUGAAAGUUAUAUUGAUAAUCUGUUGACUAAAUUUUCCUCCAUAAAGAAUAUGUGGCUUUCCAUUAAGAAAGAGAAAAAAUUUGCCGAUCGAUUCCCAGUCUAUCCAAGCAUGGAAAACCUUGUUAUGGACUUUGAGACCAUCAACAAGGUCGAUUGUGAUAGAAUCUACCGAAUGAGAAGCAUAAUCAGUUCGAUUGACAUUGUUUUCCCCAAUUUGAAGACUCUUGCAGUUCGUAAUCACCGUUAUCUUACACCUAACGAACUGUUCGCAUUACCUGCCAAUCUACCUUACCUUCAGGUUCUAGAUGUUGUCGGCUGUUGGAACAUCGAUGAUACCUGUAUAUCCACCGCUUACGACGUUUGGGCAGCCGCUGGUCGGAACAUCAAAAUCUAUCAUGGUGCUUGGCAUGAAAGUAGUAACUCAUCAAUCGGCACCCAUUUUAUGGACGAUUGGUUUUUCCGCGAUUUCAAGACACUUCCUUACUUCAUGGAAUCUCUUGAUUCAAUUUGAUUGCACCAAUUUCCGACUAAUUUAAUUUUUCACCCUGAGAAACAUAAUCAACAAUUUUCUGUGCAAUCAAUUAAUCGUUCAUCCAUUGAUGUUGAUAUAAACAUUUUCCUCUCUAUACUCAAUCUAAUUUCAUCGCAUUUCAUAUCUGAACUUUGUUAAUUUAAGUUUAAUCAAUUAGAAGCCAAUUUUGAUUAACAAUCUUACUAUUUAACUUAUAUCCUUGUUUAAUCAAGAAAUCUUAACAAUUUGUUUAACUUUUUCACGGUAAAUGUUAGCUAAUUAAGAUGAGAGAAACAAUUUAUUCUUGAUUAACUUUAUUAUUUAUAAAAUAAUGUAUUUGUAAAUUAAUGACAAUUUGUAAACAUAAUAAUAAUUAACAGGAAUUGAUAAACAAAAAUUAAUAAUAAACAAAAGUACCAAAAAAAUUGAAACGAAAAUUUUGUAACGUUGACAAUUAAAAACUGAACGCGUUAAUUGUAAUGAUGGUUAAGAAAAGUUAGACUAGAAAAUUAAACUAAUCACUAAAUAUGAUUGAUUAAUCGUCGAGAAAGAAAA